AUGGAUUUCCUUUCGCGGUUACCAGCACCCAUUCGAACACAGAUCCUCAUCGAUCUUGGGUCACCAGCUUGCAUCGAGAGACUCAUCAGAGCAUCUCCCACUAUGCUACAGCAGUAUACCGUGGAUCGCGAUAUCGUCGUGCGGGAGGUGCUCAAGGAAAUCACCAGUCUCGACAAAACUGGAGGUCUAAUCCAGGACGCUAUGGCUCUCCUCUACCUCGCCGACCUUGAACCAAAACAGGAUGCAGGAGAAAGACGGAAACGGGGAUCUUAUUACCAUUCGAGAGGCCAACUCUAUACAUCUGGAUACGGUCCUUGGGAUAAGCAUAGAGCUGAGUUUCUUCAUCACUAUGAAAACCAAAACUUCCCCAACGCUCUCGAAAAUUCGGAGAAACCGACACAGCUGAAGAUCUAUCGGCUCAUCUCUCAAAUGAUCCUUUGA